UUUUGCUAUUAUUACUGGAGGUUGCAUUAACUUUCGUCAACAAUGUAAUGUUCGAAGCAAAAUGUUUGAUGGAUUUUAACAGUUUUUGUGAUGUGUGAGGUCGAUUUUGGCCUAAUAUAAGUAAUCUAGGAUUAUGGAGGAUUCCAAUGAGGAGGUCAAUGUUAUUCCCGAACUCUACUUUUUGAUAGCGAAAUUUCUCUCCGGCGGCCCGUUGAAAGAGACUGCUAAGACUUUACUUAAAGAGUUGGAGAGCGUAGAGGUGCUGCCUAGACGACUCGACUGGGAGGGCGUCGAGCAUCCACAAUCGUACGAUGAAUUGGAUUCCCAGUACUCGGAGGUGUCGUGGCGCCGGCUGGUGUCGGUGUGCGAGCGCGCGCUGCGGCUCGCGCGCUCGGCGCCCGCCGCGCCGCCGCCCGGCGCCAGGCAGCUGGGCGCGCGCCUGUCGCUGCUCAGCGAGACGCUCGUGAGGCCCAAGCCGCAGUACGCGUCCUACAAGCCGGACCACACGCUCGUGCGGAAGCUGCUGUCGCGUGAGCUGGGUGCGGGCGGUAACGGCGCGGGAGGCGCGGGCCUGGCCUCUGGAGCCACCGCGCCGCGCCCCUUUCCCGUGCGCCUCCUGCGCGGACUCGCCCUUCAGCGACGAACGCUAGGCCACUUGUCGGCCGUCUACUGCCUCGCCUUCGACCGCACCGGGCGCUACGUGCUCACGGGUGCCGAUGACCUGCUGGUGAAAGUGUGGAGCGCCAUCGACGGGCGCCUGGCGGCCACGCUGCGGGGCGCCGGCGCCGAGAUCACGGACGUGUGCGCCUCGCACGACGGCACGUUGCUGGCGUGCGGUUCCGUGGAGCGGCUCGUGCGCGUGUGGUGCCUGGCCACGGGUGCGCCGCGUGCCGUGCUGCACGCGCACGCCGGCACCAUCACCUCCGUGCAAUGGGCGCCGCCCGCGCACAACGAGCUGCGCUGGCUCGCCUCCACGAGCACGGACGGCUCGGUUGCCUUCUGGACGUGCUCGCGUGAGGGGCAGUUCCUGUCGCAGCCGGUGCAGUAUGUUGAGCGACUGAGGCCGGGCGCCUGCCACAUGAUCUGUGCGGCGUGGUCCGCCGGCGGGGCCUUCCUGGCGGCCGGCUCGGCGGACCAACGUGUGCGCGUGUACGCACUGGAGGCGGCCGGCCCGCGUCGCGUGCUGGAGACUCCGGCGCACGCGGACGCCGUGGACUCGCUGGCCUGGGCACACCGCGGCCUGCGCUUCGUGUCCGGCAGUAAGGAUGGCACGGCCGCCCUGUGGACGCUGCACGCCACGCAAUGGCGGCACACGCUCCUGCGCGUGCACAACGCGGACGAACAAAAGAAACUCAAAGUGACCAUGGUGUGCUGGGACCGGAGCGACGCGUACGUGAUGACGGCCGUGUCGGACAGUUCGGUGCGUGUGUGGUGCGCGCGCACGUGCGUGCAGGUGCGCGUGCUGGCCGGCCACCGCGACGAAGCUUACGUGCUGGAGGCGCAUCCGACUCUACCGGGCGUGCUGUUGUCGGCCGGCCACGAUGGGCAGCUGUUCGUGUGGCACGCGGAGCAGGAGGAGCCGCUGGCGCGCUUCCACAACGUGAUCCCCGGCCAGGGGGAGGGCGCUCUGUUCGAUGCGCGCUGGGCGGCGUGCGGCACGCGCGUGGCCGCCAGUGACUCGCACGGACACUUGCUCUUGCUUGGGCUGGGCUCCGGACACACGCGAAUGGCACGCCUGCCGACAGAGUUGUUCUUCCACACGGACUACCGGCCGCUCUCGCGCGACGCGCUCGGCGGCGCGUUGGACGAGCAGACGGACCUGCCGCCGCACCUCAUGCCGCCGCCCUUCCUCGUAGACGUCGAGGGGGCGCCGCAUCCGCCGGAGUUCCAACGUCUCGUCCCGGGACGCGAGGCCCUCCCGCUGGAGCAGCUCGUCCCGCGCACGCGGCUGGACGCGAUGAUCGAGGCGCUGGCCGCCGACCCGCUGACCCCCGGCGUGCAGGCCGAGCAGGCGCCGGCGGGGCACGGCGUGUGGCGCGGGGAGGGGGUGCGACACACUGCGGGCUCCUGGCAGGGGCUCGACGUGCCACUGAGCACGCGGCCCAUCGUGCCCCCUCUGCCGCCUUCGGCGCGAGAGGAGCUCGAGAAGGCGAGCACGGAGCUGAACGAGUGGGAGAUGUCGUGGUACCGGCGCGAGAUGCGGCGCCGGCCCGUCAUGAUCAACACGGCGCCCGGCGAGGGCCCGCGCCGCCGGCCCGGCCGCCGCCCGCGCGCCGCGCCGCGCACGCGCCCGCCGCCGCCGCGCACGGCGCCGACGAUACGGCUCGAGGAGGAGGUGGUAGAUGCGAUCGAGGACAGCGGCAGUGACACAUCAGACGAGUCUGUGCGACUGUCGGGCUCCCGAUCCUCGCGCUCGUCACGCUCCUCACGCUCCUCCCGCUCUUCUCGCUCCUCCCGAUCCUCUCGGUCGCGACACUCCAGCGCUGACGUCACAGACUCAGAUAGUUCACACUCCGCAAGCAAGAGCGACAGCUCAUCGUCUCAGUACUCCGACUGGCAGGCCGGGCCCGCACUGGCGCCGCCGGCGCGCGCGAGACGGCGUCCGGCGCCCACCGCCAGAUACAGUCCUAGUACAGCAACAGCAAAGCGCAGUACGGCGGCCGGUGCUGGGAGCUCGACGGCAGCGGGUAGCGCGAGUGCUGCCGGUGCCGCGGCGGGCUCGGCGGGUCCCAGCGGCUGCGCAGAGCUGCCUGAGGUGUACCGAGUGGGCGAGUGGCUGACGGCCGUCUCUCCUCGCAAGGCGCCUUACCACCCGCAGAUGGGUGACCACUGUUUAUACUUUCGCUUGGGUCACCAGCGGUAUUUCGAAGCGGUGGCCGAGAAGGAUCUCUACAAGAUACACCCGCGGGACAAACCCUGGGAAGGAAUGCCGAUAUAUGACUGCGAGGCGGUGAAGGUGGUGGGCAUCAAGUACGUGAUCAAGCCGCCGCGGGUGGUGAGCCUCAAGCUGUCCCGCGAGCGCGACGCGCGCGCCUUCGCCGUGCGCUACCACGACAUGCCCGACGUCAUCGACUUCCUCGUGCUGCGCCACCACUACGACGCCGCCGUCGCCAGGCGCUGGGGCGCCGGGGACAGGUUCCGCUGCAUGAUCGACGACUCGUGGUGGACGGGGCAGGUCCUGGAGCGCUCGUCGGGCUCCGCUGCCGCUUCAAACUGCAGCGACGCGGAGGCCUGGGCCAAUGAGGCCGCUUCUCACUUCCUAUCAUUGCGAGUGAGGUGGGACAACGGCGAGGUCGAGCGUCUGUCGCCCUGGGACCUGGAACCAAUCGACCCAGAAAGACUGCCGUCGGAGCCGGGCGGCGCCGUGCCGGUGCUGGCGCACGAGCUGCACGCCGUGCUGGCGCGCGCGCACGAGUGGCCGCAGCGCGCCUGCCCGCGCGUCGCGCACCACAUCUCGCAGGUGAUGUCACUGUCAGUGGCGGAGCCGUUCGUGGCGCCGGUGGACCUGCAGCUGUACCCGAGCUACGCGCUGGUCGUGCCGUAUCCCGUCGAUCUGGCCACCAUUCGCGCUCGCUUCGAAAAUCUGUUCUACCGCCGUCCGGCCGCAGCUCAGUUCGACGCGCGCUGGCUGGCGUCCAACGCGGAGCGGUUCAACGAGCCGCACUCGCCCAUCGUGCGGCAGGCGAGACUCGUCACCGACCUGCUGCUGCACAUCAUCAGCAAUUGGGAGACGGUGGAUGUGGUGGCGCAGUACCACGCGCUGGCGGCGUCCUACCACUCCUCGGACGAUGAAGUCGUCGACAAAAAGCAGCGUCGCACGCGGGCGUCGCGUGCGGGCGGCGCGGGGGCCGCGGGCGGAGGGGGCGGCGCCGUCGAGGGCGGCGACUGGCGCGCGGCGUGCGCGGCGCUGCUGCGCGAGCUGUUCGCGUCCGCCGACGCCGAGCCCUUCCGGGAGCCCGUGUCGUCGGCGCAGGUCCCCGACUACUUCGCGGUGGUGUCGCGGCCCAUGGACCUGGGCACGGUGCGGCGGCGCCUGGCGUGCGGGCGGUACGCGCGCGCCGCGCAGCUCGCCGCCGACGUGCGCCUGGUGUUCGCCAACAGCCGCCUCUACAACACCAACAAGCGCAGUCGGAUAUACUCGAUGACUGUGCGUCUGUCGUCGCUGUUCGAGGCACUGUGGGCGCGCUUGCCGGUCGAACUGCACAGCACGCGCACGCGCCGAGCACGCCGCGCGCACGCUCGCACGCACGCACGUACACACCCACGCCCGCGUCCGCACGCACGCGCACGGACGCGACAAGCGGCCGUCGAGGCGCAAGCGAGCGCGCCGGCCGAGCGCGCGUCGUCGGCGAGCUCGGCGCGCGCGCACGACUCGUGGGACAGCGACGCGCCGCUCACGUCGCACCGGAAAGGCAAAGGUGUUGGAAAGAAGAGUAAGAGCGCGGCAUCAGCGUCCUCCAGUAGUCGAGCUCCUCCUGAGAGUCUGCCUGCGACGAGUAACGGCUUGGCGUCCGAGGCGGAGGCGGAAGCGGAGGCGGAGGUAGGCGAGAGGUCCGCAGACGACAGCAGUGAACGCUCGCGGAUAGAGGUGGUUGAAGAGGAACUGGCGGAGGACGAGGUGGAACUGGAGUAUGAACCCCCACCCACGAGCACGAGGCACCACCAGCAGCAGCGGCGGCGGGCGCGCGCGGGGGGUGCGGGCGGCGCGGGCGGCGCGGAGCUGCGCAAGCGCCGGCGGGCGCGCAGCUCGGCCAGCAGCGCCGCCUCGCGCAAACACAAGCGGGUACGCGAACGCUUCUCGGAGGGCAGCUGGUCGUCUUCGUCGUCGGGUUCCGGGUCAGGUUCGGGCUCGGGCUCCGGCUCGGGCUCGGGCUGGCGCUCGGGCUCCGGGCGGCGGCGCUACGAGUCGGACCGCUCCUACCGGCCCGCCGCCUACUCCACGGACGACGACGCGCCGCUGCUGCUCUACCGACAACGUCAGACGGAGGAGGUACAGGCGGGGCCCUCGCGUGCCACGUACAACUCGCACAGGAGGAGCGCCGGCGUGUCGCUGCGCCGCCGCGGCAGCCCGCGCCGCUACAACGAGGACAGCGAGGACGACUCCGUGGCCGCCAUCAGCAAGCGCCUGCCGCACCACCACCGCCACCACCUGCAGCAGCAGCGCGCGCUGGCCCGGCGGCGCCACCACGCGCAGGGGCCGGCAACGGGCGCGGCGGGCGCGGCCGCCGGCGACCACGACUACUUCAACGGCCACGCGCACCACAACGGUACUCCCCACCACCGCCUUAGAGCCAGAUUGUGACGCCGGUCGAACGGCUAGCUCGAAAGCUACUGAACGAAUUUUUACAUUACGCGACGGCUAAAUUUUUUCAUCGCUCGGGUAAGAAGAACUCACUUCGUCACUAUUGAUACUUAACGAGGGCCGGAAGUCGCGCCGCCCCGACGA